AUGAAGUCGGCGCGGACCGGCGGCGGCGUGCGGUCGCGUCGGCGUGGCGGCCAGCACUGCCGCCCCGGCACCCGGCGCCUGGCCCGACGCCCGGCCGCGGCCGCUGCCGCCCCGCGCCUUGCAUCCCUUAACAACGCCGAUCCGCGCUGCACCACGCGUUACUCCUGCCGCAUACAGAUCCUGCCCACUCAACAACGAGAACAGGAAGGCGUGAUGGUGGGAACAAUGGAAAUGGUGAAGUCGGCGAUGAUAACCGUGGCGUCGUGCGCGAUAGCCGUGCUACCCGCCGUGUUCGCGGAGCUGGUCAGCGGGGAGGUGGACCGGCUGCAGGCGGCUGUCGGAGACCGGCUCAUUGAACAUGAAGACCCAUCACUUGUGUCGGCUCUGAAACUGGCCGGGGACUUCCUGCUGGAGCGGCCGUUCCGGCUCACCUUGUGGCGCGUGUUCCCGCUGGGCGCACCGCUCGCGCUGGCCUUCGCCGGCCUCUGCACCGCCUACCUCACCGUGCUGGUGCAGCUCACUGGCGCCAUCUAGUCGCUAUAUUUCUAAGAUUCGCUUGCGCCUUCAUC